AUGACCGAGGAUUUUGUGUUUCCCAGAGGGUCCGCUAUUAUCCAAGCCAUUAAAAAGGUUUGGCCGUCUGUGCGGCGUGGGGUGCGGUGGUCCAUUGGCGAUGGAGCUACUGUUCGAUUUUGGAGGGACAAUUGGACGCACAGCCCCCAUCCUAUCAUUAACGAGGCUCUGGGUCCUGUCCCGGACGAUCAGCUCGACUGGACGGUUAGUGACUAUGUUGAUGACUUGGGUCAAUGGAGAUGGGAUCUUUUUAGCCACUUGGUGCCGGCCGGUAUAUCGUUGCGAAUUGCAGCCGUUUUGCCACCAUCGAGAGCUGCUGGGCCGGACAAAAUGUAUUGGGGGUUUUCGGAGAAUGGCAGCUUCACAACGAAAUCGGCUUAUGCUUCGCUGGUCAGUGCCUUUCCGGCGCCUGCUAUUGAUCGGACCCCUUGGAGAAUAAUAUGGAAAUGGGCUGGUUCGCAAAGGGUUCGACAAUUCCUUUGGCUUGCUGCUCAAGAUAAGUUGCUAACUAAUGUGGAGAGGCGGAGGAGACAUAUUUCAGACUCGUCGACCUGCACAUUAUGUGGCCGAUACGAUGAGUCGACCAUGCACUGCCUUCGCGACUGUACAGGGGCAAGACAGGUUUGGCGAAGCUUGAUCCCUGCUCACCAACAAUCUGAGUUCUUUCGCCUACAUCUACGGGAUUGGUUGAUUCAGAACUUGCAAAAUGGCUUGGGGAUUGGGCAUUGGUCCUAUCGGGACUCGGGAAGGGAAAGACUAAACUUAGUUAGAGCAGUUUCGGGCCAAGAGGACCUCUCGGGAGUUGUAUUAGAGCAGCCGUUAAGAAGAGUUAAGCUUGGGUUUCAUUUAAGUUUCCUCAACAACUGUCGUCACUGUUUAGCUCUUGCCCCAAAGGGGCGGAAGAAGAAAGAAAAAAAGAGAAAGGAGGAGGAAGCUAUUUAG